AUGGGGGAUAAUCCACUUGCUGAGUCUUAUUCCAUGGAUAUACCCCAUGUUGCCGCAAUUGAACUACCUUUGAAUAUUAAAAAUGAAACCAAAGUGAUUGAUGCUCUUGGAGGAAAGAACAAGAUUUCUGAUGCUAUUAAGAGCUCCGAUGUCCCUCUUGAACUACGAUUUAGAAAAGAUCCAUUCCAUCAUCCGGUACAAGCAGCCACCUCCACAAAUGAGCGUGUUUUGAUUAAAGUAUCAAUUCCAAAGAAGGUGGUGAAACAGAAUCGAGAAGCACUGGUGCGUGAGUUGAUUGAAAAGAACAACACUGAUAUCACAACACCAAAAACCAAAAUACAGCCAGUGGCUAUUGUCGAUAAAACGUUUAGAUUUAGAGCAAUGAGCGAUUUUCAAGUCAGCACCAAAAAUAACCCCGAUGUGCAGGAUGUUACGAGAAAUGUACUCAACACAACAAAUUACGAAUCGUUAAAACACUAUGUUGAGAAACACAACAAUUUCCAUGGUUACAUGGAUAUGAACAAUGAAUACUUUGAAAACAAGGACCAUAACUUGCCUCCACCUCCAGUAUUCUCGCCAAUCAAAUACCCGUAUGAUUAUAGGUAUCAAAAGAACCCAAUAACAUCAACAGUCAAGGAUGAGAAAAGUGGAGAGGUCAAAGUUGUAUCCAAAAAGACCCCAUUCAAGCUACAUACUAUUCUUAUAGAUAUAUCUACUGAUCCACCAACUCAACCUCCUGCAAAGUUGACAACAAAUUUAAACAAUUUACUCAACCAAAGGCUACCUGUUAAUAGCCCAGAUUAUUUACUUAUCAAGUGCAUUGAAUGGUGCAAGGAAAUGUUUAGCAUCAAACCAAUAUGGAUCAGACGCCAGUUGUUCGAUAUCAUCCCUGAAGAGCUUACUAGAAGUUUGAAAUUUGCUUUACCGUAUGUGACCUAUAUUUAUCGAUCGGGUCCUUGGCGAUUUUGCAAUAUUAAAAUUGGAGUCGACCCACGAACAGAUUCUAGUUUUUGGCGAUAUCAAAAUGAAUAUUUUCGAGUUGUGGGUGUACGUGAUUCUUCCUCACCAGGAUCACUGAAGAAGGUUAUACCAAAGACAUUGGAAAAUGCUCCAUUUCCAAUUGAAAUAUCGCAGAAUUUGUUAUUUGAUGGUGUAAACUUGCCCUCAGCUGUGACAUACCAAAUCGGAGACAUUCUUGAUUUAGAUAUUACAUCAAUAAUUGAGAACCACAUGACUAGUAUGGGUAAAGAUUUUAUUCGUGAUACUUUGGAUGCGCUGGACGGGUGGAUCAACAAAACAACCAUGAACUUAAUUAGACGAAUAAUGAGGUAUAAGUUGCAACAAUUGGUGAGGGAGGAACCGAUUGACCAGAGUAAAAUUUAUAAAAUGUCGAACACUGAUUUUGUUAGGGAAGAAACUUUUGCCGAUGGUGUCAAAGUAGAGGAGGGCGACACAAAGAUGGGAAUUUAUGAUUCCGAUGAUGGCGAAGUUGACAUGCAAGGAGAGGAAGAGGAGGAAGAGGAGGAGGGAGGAAGAGGAGGAGGAGGAGGAGAUGAUGAAGAAGACGAAGAGAUAGGGGAUAUGGUGAAGGAUUUUGGUGAAGAUCAUAAUAAGCUUGGAAACGAUGCCAAUAAAGAUCCAGACGCCAUGGACGUUGACAACGACCUUAACGUUAACGUUGACGACGUUUUCACUCGUCUCUAUAACAUGAACAAAGACACAGCUGAUUCGUUGCGUCAUUUAGUUGGAUUCAUUCGACAGGACGAUUUAAAUAAUGAUUAA